AUGGAGGUAGUCAUGAUUGGAAAACAUCGGAACUACUUAUCUAAUGUGAUCUCUACACUGGUAGCGGAGAAGUUGGUUCGUAAGGGAUGUGAGGCAUUCUUUGCCUAUGUAAGUGUUUCGAAUUCUGGGGACUCUACAGCUAAGGAUAUCAGAACGGUAAAGGAUGUUCUGGACGUCUUUGCUAAGGAGCUAUUGGGUUUACCUCUAAAUCGUGAAGUGGAGUUUGGGAUAGAGCUCCUUCCUGCUUUCAUGGAUUUAAUGAAUCAAGUGUUCCAGCCUUAUCUGGAUCAGUUUGUGGUGGUAUUCAUCGAUGAUAUACUGGUUUACUCAAGGACUGAGGAUAAUCAUGAUGAGCACCUUCGAGUCAUUCUUCAGACUUUGAGGGAAAAACAACCCUAUGCUAAGUUUAGUAAGUGCGAGUUUUGGCUGCGUGAGGAGACAUUUCUUGGUCAUGUAGUUUCGGUUGAGGGGAUUCAACAACAGAGCUUUGAGAAGCUCAAGACUGUACUGACUGAGGCCACUGUUUUGAUACAGCUAGAGCCUGAAAAUGAGUUCACUAUUUAUAGCGAUGCAUCACAUGCCAAUGUGGUGGCUGAUGCACUGAGCCGUGGGGCUAUGACUGAUUUAAAGGCGAUAUUUUCUCGCCUAAGUUUAUUUGAUGAUGGUAGUUUAUUAGCAGAGCUUCAGGUUAAGCCGUCAUGGAUUGAGCAGAUUAAGGGUAAGAAGUUGGAGGAUGAGUCAUUGGGUCUUCAAUUUCGGCAGACUGAGGGUGGUAGUACUACAGAUUUUAGACUGAACAGUGGUGGGCCCGUUAAGAUUCCUCUUUGGAAAUGGGAGCGCGUAACUAUGGAUUUAAUUAAUGGGUUGCCUUUAACACCCACUAAUAAGGAUUCAAUAUGGGUCAUCAUGGAUCGAUUGACCAAGUCCACCCACUUCAUAUCGGUUUGUACUGAUUAUUAUCUGCAGAAGCUGGAGAAGCUUUAUAUUUCUGAGAUAGUGAGACUGCAUGAAGUACCGGUUUCGAUCACCUCUGAUAGAGAUCUUCGUUUCGCAUCUCGAUUUGGAGGAAGUUACAUGAGGCUCUGGGUUCAAGGUUGGACUUCAAUACUGGAGGACAUGUUGAGGCGCUACCGCUCUGAUACUACUCAUAUUGUCCCUAUUGAAGAGAUCGAGGUUAGGCCGUAUUUGACCUUUGAGGAAGAGCCGGUUCAGAUUUUGGAUCGCGACGUUAAGGUUCUGAUAAGGAUAUUCAUUCUACUGGUAAAGGUUCUAUGGCAUAAUCAUAGCACUAAGGAGGCCACAUGGAAGCAUGAGGAUGGGAUGUGUCCUCAUCUGUUCUGA